GCCAGCAGCAGCAGCAGCAGCAGCAGCUUGGGUCGCCACUAGGGCCCGUCCGCCUCCACCACCAGCAUGCUGCCAGUCUCUCUCGGGCAGUCAGCACGGACGGUCUUCAUGCCUUCACUCCCGCCACGAGUAGUUUCAGUCGGUCGGAGGGUGACCUGAGUCGCGGCGACGGUGACAGCAACGAAGAGGAAGUGUUGUUGGACCUUGGUAAUGACCCUCUCAAAGGCUCCUCCUCCUCGCUCUUCAAGUCAUCCAAGAUCAAAUUGAGGUCCAGCGGGGAAGUCGAGGAAGAACUUAUCCUUAACUUAGACAAUGAAGCGAGCCAUGCAUCCUCGUCUGUGUCAAUGCCGCCGGCGACGCCUUCUGCUGCGCCUGCGUCGAGGGUGACCCAUAGACCCAGCGAUGCUCCUGAAGGGCAACUGCAGCUUGUCAUCGAGGAUGAAGGUCAUCGAGGGUCGUCGCAUAGGGCAGUGCGGUCAUCAAAGGUGAGGAGCUGGGGUGGACAGAAGAAGGAGGAGGAGCUUGUCCUUAACUUGAACGACGGGGAGCCUCGGACGACCACGCACUAUGACAGGUCGUCAAGGGUGAACAGUGCCUUACUCAACCACAGCCAGAAGCCCAUCCCUGCUAUAAUUAUCGACCGGAAUGUUAAGCAGGCCGUGAUUGACAACAGAAGCAUUCUUUAUGAUGAAGAAGUCUUCAAUGACGUUAUCCUUGAAGACUUGAGAACAGGCGCGCAAUCUCACUUCGAUUCUAAAAAGGCGAAAGGACUCAGCGGGAAGGUGAAAGAUAAGCUCUUCCCAAAUAGACAUCUUCCCAAAAAGAAGAAGAUGAAUAGAGUCCAGAAAGUUGAGAAGUUUGUAGAUUCCAUCAUGGUUGAGGAUCUGGAGAAUGAGGGCCGCGUCACGCCACUCUUCAUCGGUGAGGCAGACCUCACUCACGGCGAAUUUGAACGGAAAAGACAAGAUAUAUUGCAAAGCCGAACGAAAAACUACAUGGAAGGUGAAGUCGAAGUGCUCAGCCUUGAUGCUUCACCUCCGUCUACAUCUCGCCUGAGUCCAGCACAAGCCGAGCUCCUCGUGUCCGAUGAAAGAAGAAAACACGAGCAAAAACGAAGAGAGGAAAAGAGAACAGCAAUGCGGCUGGAAGGGAUCGAAGAGGAGCCACAGGACCGCAGCGUGAGCCACACUCAGGAGCCGCCGCCGAAGACCGUACUCUCUCCAGAAGAAUAUGAAGAUUACAUCGGAGAUGCUGUCGAGAAGGAUUAUCCCGAGUUAGCAGGAGGGGUUGAUGCUGGAUCUUCUGAGGUGUUUCAACAGCAGGACCAGACGGUGGCGCAGCAGCAGCCAUUGUUGGAGCAGGAACACCCACAGCAACAGCCUCGGUCGAGUGAAGUCCAGCAUCAACCAACGGGUCCUCUUUCAGGUUCGGCGUCGAUGAACUUCAUGGAUGAGCACAGCCCAACGAGCAAUGGUAACGGAGACUUUUACCACCGGUGUGUUGCAAAGUUGCCGAGAGAUCCUCCUAGACAUGCAUCUGGUAGUUUUAGCGUAGAAGCCAAUUACCUUUUAACUAGUGCCGCGGAGAGUAGAGCUGAAAUCUGUAGAAGUAUCCCUGAAACAAGUUUGCUAAAUAACAAUGAGAGUAUUAAUAGGUUUGCUAGCCAUUUUAGAACUAGUUGUGUUGCGAGUAUUAACUAUGAUCACAGAGACCCACAAAGAACUACAAGCGCUAGCAGUUCGACUAGUGCCUCAGCCAAUGAAUCAAGGAAUAAUAGUGCUUCAGAACCUAGUAGUAUGUCUAUAAGUACUGGUAGUGUGUGUAGUAAUUUGUCAAAUAUCAACAAAAACAGAUCAAACCUCUUUUUGCCAACGAGUACAACGAGCUUGCCCGAAAUCUCUAUAGAACCCCCAACCCCACAAGCUCCCAAACCCAACGAUGGCUUUGAUCGCGAGAGCAAAGUCAAGUAUGACCUUAGAGUGCCUGGCUAUAGAAGCAUGUUCCUUACCGUACCUGGAUUUGAUGAUGACAAUGACAGAUUCCUUCCUAAAUAUUCAUUUGAUUGUGACGAUGAGGAGCAAAGCAGUAGCGAUGAUGAUGUAGUCCAUAAACCGCGAGCCUUUGCUUCCCUCGCAGAUAUGGAUGGCAGCCGCUGCCUAAAGCGUUACGGCAGCAGCUGCGACAUCGCCAAGUUCGGCCUGACGGAUGAAGCAAUUUACUCCCAUGAAGAUGACCUCAACGCCAACUUCGAAGUGAGUGGCCGCAAGUCCAAAGUCGGAGGAACGGGGUCGGGACCCUUCGUAGCAAAAAAGCUGGCAGUCUUCGAGAAAGUCGCUGAAGAGGAACAUCAGAAAUUCAUCGAAUACCAGGAAGUUCGGAAACGCAUCUUCCGGGCUCCAAAGAAGAGCGGAGAAUACAUAGAGAAAUUCUUCAGCCCGAAGGUUAUCGAGACGAUCGACGCACGAGCGUGCGCGGGGAGCAGACACGAGUACUACGACGACGAGUACGACAAUUACAACGACGACAGAUCCCCGACACCCCCAGAGAUCAUCACACCAUAUGGCGGACACUCCAGCCCACAGUUGCCCUCCAAGUACUCCUCAUCUAGUCAUGUUUACCCCAGUACUAACUCCAACCAUCCCGGCUCCGUCUCGCCCUCGCAGGAAUACACACAUGAAUCAUAUAACGACGAAGACUUUGACGUUUAUGAUUACGUCUGCGAUCGCCAACACUCGCCAAUACCCGCCAGUGACGAGACAGUCCUUCGCUACGACUCCCCAGAGCCCCACUCGACCAAUGAUGUGGAUGACAGCUACUGGCAAUCAACGGAGUACAAAAACAUCAGUCAGCCACGAACAACUUCCCCUGGUGCAAGCAGUCCUCCUCCAGGCAGCCCCAAGGAUAACCUCGACCAGCGUACAGACGAGGUUUUGGAGAUGUUAGACCACAGCUACUCUGACAUGGCGCCGGAGCAAGCUGGACCAAGUCACGACACUCCUUCGUCCUGGCGCGAUGAGGUCGAUGCCGGAGGCGCUGUCGCAGGUGAGAACUCCGUCCCCUCUGGCACACUGCCACUCCAACUAUGUACUACACUUCAGACUUGCUUAAUAAAUCCCAUAUACGACAGACAAGGGCCAGCACCGUCCCAGGUGGGUGGACAGAAGCGCAAGGCAGCGCCCCCACCACCGACCCCCCCGUCAGGGGCUCCCGUCACCCCCGUCUCAGACACCAAGAGGGGAGGAUUUUUUGGAAGGGCCAGACGGGAGAAGGAGAAGGAGAAGAAAGAGAGAGAGAGGGAGAAGAAAGAUAAAGAUAAGAAGGAUAAGAAAGAGAAGAAGAAAGAUAAAGAUGUUACUACAGGAAAGAGGUUCCAGCUUUUUGGGGGCACCAAGAAGACUAGCGAGCCGUCCAGUAGUGAAGCCGCUUUGGCCAUCUCUCCCAAGAGGGACAAAGGCAGACGGGUUUUCUUCGGGCGAGGCAGAGAGAACUUUGUUGGCCGAAACCCCUGCAUCUCCCACGAGUCUGACCCACAGGUGGCCAGGAUGACGGGCGAGUCCUUUGAGCAGGAAUCAAUCGACCUGGAAGGAGAAACCGAAGUGCUGUGAGCUGGUGGCUGAUCGCGCGCCUGCGUAAACGUGAAGAUAGGGAUUGGAACGCAGCGACUCCGUCUUCUGCAGCGAAAAAUGGGGCGCUGGCUACAUUUUCUGCAGUUAGGGGUUGCGACGACUCCGUUUUCUGUAGCGAAAAUGGGGCGCUGGCUCCAUUUUCUGCAGUUAGGGGUUGCGACGACUCCGUUUUCUGCAGCGAAAAAUGAUGCACUGGCUCCAUUUUCUGCAGUUAGGGAUUGCGACGACUCUGUUUUCUGUAGCGAUAAAUAGGGUGCUGGCUCCAUUUUCUGCAGUUAAGGGUUGCGACGACUCCGUUUUCUGCAUGAGAAUGGAUGCCAUUGUUCUGUUUUCCCGCGAUCAAAAUUGGAUGAUGCUAAUUGUAUCAUCCAAUUGAUGCUGCAAUUGGAUGAUGCAAUAUUGCAAAAAAAUGCAAUUUAAAAACUGCAUUUUUUUUUCUGUGAUGGAAAAGGAAUUCACGAACGUUGCUGUGAUAAAAUAAAAAGGUAAAACCAAAACAGACGAGGUUGCCAGAAAGCAAAAGACAAUUGCUUUCCAAAAGUACUGAAAAUAUACAAUAAAACUCGCAGAUACCAGAACAUAUUAAUGUGGUGAAAAAAGUAGACAAAUUGGAUUAAAAUUUACAAGUAGAAUGAAACCUCGGACACACAAGGGUAGAUUAGAGGCCACAAAUAUUCUACCGGAGACGGGAGACAUCUCCCGUCACGCAGGGUGCAGUCGCACCUCCACAGAUCUCCAGUAUCAGCUCUUGAUACUGGUAAUGGCUCAAAAGGGCCACCACUUACGGGCUAUUCAUGCCCGUGCCACCUUUUGGAUGGCUUAAUCUUCAUCAAUCAAUCUUUUCUACUGGAGGAACAAGACAUAAAUGUAGGAGUGAUUCUCACGACACACAGACAGACCACUCCUCGUCGCCUGUCUAUGCAAUAUCUUCGAGUAAAACUGAUGAAUAGCUAUAUGGAUAAGCAUCAAUAAAGUGCCUAUUAUAUAAAUGGUAAAUAUCCCUCAACUAACCAUUUGCAGUCAUGAAAAGUUAUCAAGUAGUUGCAGACGAUUCACAAUAACGUGGCUAAAAUAUGUUGACCAAACUACACUCUAGAAAGUGAAGGGACGACGACGUUUCGGUCCGUCCUGGACCAUUCUCAAGUCCAUUGUUUUCAACUUUCAAGUCGAAGUCACUCUCAAGUCACAGUCGACUUGAGAAUGGUCCAGGACGGACCGAAACGUCGUCGUCCCUUCACAUUCUAGUGUGUGGUCUGGUCAAUAUCAAAUAGUUAUAAAUAAAUUGGUAAUUAUUUCUUGUGUGAGUCACACAAAAAUACCUGUCGCCGUCAAGGAUAACACGACACUGUGCACCGUCAAAUAAAUCUGUAGUCGUUAAGAAUAACACGACACUGCAUCACGACCAAAUAGACCUGUCGUCGUCAAGGAUAACACGACAGAUCAACAAUACAAAAUAAAAUUCAAGAGACACAUCCUAUGGGAGAAGUGGAAAGACGGAUAUAGAUCUAUCCUGACUGAGGAAGACCUACAUGUCUGUACCUAUGGGCUCACGUAGAAAACCAUUGUCAGUAUAUUGCGUAUUUCAUCAGAAUGAUGAGAGAUGGAAGCGUCCCUCUCUACACCUUGACUGCACCUUCAAGAAACACUGGCAUCUAGUCCAUCCUCAGCCGCAAACUCGCCACGAUGUUGUAAAUUCCUUACUACCAGCGAUGUAAUAUUUUCGCAGCACGUCUGGAGACAGCAAACCUCCUUACUAAUGGAAUUCUCCAUUGGUACCUCGAUAAUCACACACACGGAAUAAUCACUUUACUGUUUUAUAUCUUUAAGUAUGAGAAAAUGUUUAGGAGCAAUACGGUGGGAUCGAACACACGUCUGGAGGUUCCCCCAGACACUACCGUUACAAUAACGGUAGUAUCCUUAUAAGGUUCUUAGUAUCGUAGCUAGUAUAUAGUUAUACAUGAUCACCUUCACCGACAUAUUUUCAUACCUUGUUAAGGCAUUUAAUUGUAAACUUGUACAGAAUGUUUUAAAUUUUUCUCGAGAUGACAUUUUGCUGUAAUAUUGUUCAUAGUUUGUGAUGACGUCUUGUGUUAAGCGCGA